ACAUACUAUACACAGCUUCUUUUUCGAGUAUCCUACUUUCAGUGGACAGAAGAGUCUUGGCGUGGUUUGGACGAGAAAUCCAACGAACGUGCAUAUGUAGCCUGCAGUUUCCAUAUCGCCAAUCCAGGCAACUGGGUCUUCACUCCGUUCAUUCCGAGGGAAUCGGCUAAUAUACUGUACAUUAACGUGCUUUACAACACGCGAUCUUGUGAUCAGUACCAUGACCCAAAAUCGUGUAAAGAGACAUUCAAUCUCUACGUUAAGCAGUAUGAACAGAAGGUGAACGACGUGGAUAAAGAGACGUUCAAUAAGACGAUCUCCACAUGGUCUUCCGUCUCCGUUCUCACCAAGGACACAAGUGCGGUGAUCUCAGAAACUACUCAGUCGGUAGCUUUACUACCCUCAACCAAAUACGUUCGUUUCGGAUUUGAGGAGAACGGUGUCUGUGUGUCACUGCUUACCAUAACUGUGUAUUACGUAGUCUGUGACGCAACAGUGGCGAAGUUUACCAAAUAUCCAGAGACGGUCACAUCAAAUUCUCGCGAGGAGAUGGUUAAAGUUACAGGAAAGUGUGUAGCAAAUGCAGUUCCGACGCAAAGUGAGGCUCCCACUGGAUUUUGUACUUCGUCCGGUCGUUGGAAUCAUCUGAUAGGAGAAUGUGCUUGUAAGCCUGGAUUCACCAUUAAUGCUUUCAAGGAAGAAGAAAAGUGUGUUGGUAAGCGCUUUAGUUUACUUUGUUGUUUCUUGGGUUCUCAAUUAACAUCUCUUCAUCCUAUUAGAUUUUCGUGGUAUACUUUCCAUGUUCUAUCUCUAAGUUAGGG